CGGCAGUUCUCCGGCAUGACGCACCGCGGCAACAUCCGGCAGAGCUACGGCGGCGUCGGCAGGAACCUCGGUGACGCCCUCGCCCGCCUCGGUUGCCGCCCGUUGCUCAUCUCGGCCGUGGGCGACGACACGCACGCCCGCGCACUCACCGCCCACAACCCGAAGCUAGAACUCGGAGGGCUGGCGCGCGUGCGCGGUGCGAGCACCGCCGUUUACUGCGUGGUGCUCGACCAGGCCGGCGAGGCGCUCUUCGGCGUCGGGGACAUGACCGUGCACGACCGAGGCGGCGCAGUACUCACGUGGGCGGGUGUGACUCGGUCGUGCACGGUCAUGUCCCCGACGCCGAAGAGCGCCUCGCCGGCCUGGUCGAGCACCACGCAGUAUAACGGCGGUGCUCGCACCGCGCACGCGCGCCAGCCCUCCGAGUUCCUGUGGCCAAAAGGCAAUAAAGCAAAGCUAUAUAAUUCUCGCCAUUUCUCUCCAUAG